AUCUCUUUCGUGUCCUAGUCGAGGUCUCCCGCGGCAAGCGAUCCAAGAACUUGUUAGCUUUUCCUCCAAGUCCCAACUCAACUCUGCCACUCCAAGAACUUGUUCUCUCCAACACUGACUCUUUUCUUCUCCAUUAUAAAAAGUAACUAAAUCUUCCUAAAAUUUUCAAUUCUAAUCAAGAUUUCCAGCAUUCAUAAACGCCGCCGUAUCCCCCCCCCCAAGAUGUUGCUCAGAAUCCGCAGCCGAGACGGCCUGGAACGUGUCCAGGUCGGCGGUCCUCACGUUUUAAUCUCCCAAUUGAAAGCCUUAAUCGAAUCCCAACUCCAAAUCCCCAUUCAUAACCAAACCCUUUCCACCGAUCGCAAUCUUCUCUUGGCUAAAACCCCCGCCGACCUCCUCCGUUUCACCGACAUGUCCGACCCCUCCCGUCCCCUCUCCUCCUUGAACCUCUCCCACGGCUCCGUCAUUUUUCUCUACUACCAGGGCGAACGCACCGUCCGCGGCGGAGCCCCCGUCUGUCCCGCCGGAUCCUUCGGGCGUAAGAUGACGAUGGACGACCUCAUCGCUAAGCAGACACGGAUCACCCGCCAGGAAUCGCCUCACUGCGAUUCGGUUUCCUUCGACCGCGAUUCCGCCAAUGCUUUCCAGCGUUACGUCAACGAAACGCUGGCGUUCGCUGUGAAACGCGGCGGCUUUAUGUACGGCACCGUCUCCGAAGAAGGUAGGGUGGAAGUCGAUUUCAUUUACGAGCCGCCUCAGCAAGGGAUGGAAGAUGAUUUGAUUCUCUUGAGGGAUCCCGAAGAAGAGAAAUUGGUUGAUGCCAUUGCUGCUGGGUUAGGUAGGAAGAGGGUAGGGUUUAUUUUUACCCAGACGAUAAUGCAGGACAAAAAGGACUAUAAUUUUUCCAACAAGGAGGUUCUACAGGCGGCUGAGCUUCACGCUGAGAGUGGGCUGAAGGAGUGGGUGACUGUUGUGGUGAAGCUGGAAGCCAAUGAAGAUGGGGAUGCCGAUGUACAUUUUGAAGCUUUCCAAAUGAGUGAUAUGUGUGUGAAGUUAUUUAAGGAAGGAUGGUUCGUUACCGAGUUCGGGGAAGACGAUGAUCCAAAGCUUUCCAAGAUGAAGAAAGAAGUCGUCGUAGGUGGGAAGGAUGUUAAGGAGGUUGAUAAUGAUUUCUUCUUGGUGGUGGUUAAGAUUAUCGACCAUCAGGGACCUCUUUCAUCAACCUUUCCUAUUGAGAACCGGAAUAACCUCGCGACGAUGAGGACACUGAAGAAUCAUCUAGAUAGGACAAAGAGCCUUCCAUUCGUGAAGCGUAUCGCGGAUUUCCAUUUGCUGCUGUUUCUAGCCAUGUCUCAUGGCCUUGGUUCUGAUGUUCCAGCACUAGCAGAGUGUGUUAGCACAGAGACAGCAGUACCAGAAGGUUACCAGCUCCUAAUCGAGUCCAUGGCCAACACAUCCUGAUUCACUUAUUAUGCUUGGUUGUUUAUUGGAAAGUGCUGUAUAUUUAUGAUCAUAACAACUUACUCUUUGCCAUUGUUUACUAGCAUCAUUACCAAUCUCAGUUAUUCCUAGAA